AUGGUGUUUCCCAUUUGUAAUGAAAAUCUAUUUACGGAAGUUUGUAAAUCAGUCAACGAAGAUCCAUCAGAUGUUUUACGACUGGCCAAAAAGACCGCUGGCCGGCGAUCUGAAAAGUUAAAGAAACGAAGAUGGAGACAGUGCAAAGUAGAAGAGGAAGAGGAAGAGGACCCCGAUGUUGUGCCUCCAACUCCUAAAGAUAAAACAAUCGCGUUUGGAAAACGUAGGAACCGAAAGGAAAAUCGCAACAGUCAUCUGUUCUUCAAAAAGUAUCAAAUCCUAACGUCUCACAGUACACUGAUAACAGGAAAAAAAAACGUUCACCGAAAGAGGUGCAAGGUUCCAACCGAAGACGAGAAUGAUGUACCCGUCCUAUCCACGAUAAAGCGUGAUAGCUUGCUCAGAGUUUCAAUAUGA